AUGGCCUCCUCCCCGGAGUUUGAUGCUGCGUGUGGUGGCGAGCCCGAUGACAAGAAGUACGACGUUGACGAGUCGGCAUUCGACCUGGAUACCACUGGUCCGAAAUUGCCUUUCCACGACGCGACAUAUGACGAUUGGGGAGCCUCAACAACUGCGCAGCGAAUUCUGGAACUGGACCUUCCCAGUCCGAGCAGUAUCCAGAGUGUGGAAACUUAUGCCGAUGGGCACUUCGACGGUGUCAUCUUAGACAUAGUGCACGGCCAGGGUCUUUCAGAACAGGAUCUUUCUUCUCUAUCGAGAAUCCUUCGGCCAGGAGGACUUCUAGAGAUACGGGUGGUCCUGAUGGACUUCAGCAAACACUUCAAUACGUUACGCCCACUCAUGGACGCAGAUAUCGCAGACGAUGUGAAAAAGGUUAUAAUACCCGGGGAAAAGGCUUUCUCCUCAGCCGACCUCCAGGAACGACUCCGAAAGUCCGAAUUCACGCCAAACGAGCCCGUCGAAGAACGCAUCAACUUAAUGCCAGGCAUGGGACAGGUAGGCGUUGCGUCGUCUGAAUGGAGAUCAAAAUACGAGUUUGUCCUUGGCAAGCUACUCAAUAAUCUUCCAGGCAGUGCGCUCGCUUACACCUACACACGCUUCCGCUUCCACUUUCGUUUCCACUUCUACUUCCACUUCUACUUCUACUUUAACUUCCACUUCGACUUCUACUUCCACUUCCACUUCCACUUCCACUUCCACUUCCACUUCCACUUCCACUUCCACUUCCACUUCCACUUCCACUUCCACUUCCACUUCGACUUCUACUUCGACUUCUACUUUGGAAUAGUAACCGAUGGGAAAUCGCCAUGCGGAUUUGUACUUUCAUGUUAA